ACAUGGCAAAGCACAAGACAAAAUCAAGGUCUUUCAGAACAAACUGCCUUUAGACUUGUUCCUAGAAAUCCUUUCAAGAUUGCCGGUGAAAUCCUUAAUGCGAUUCAAGUGCGGAUGCAGAUCAUGGUCUGUGUUUAUUACAAGUCCCAGUUUCAUAGCCAGCCAUCUCAACCGCAGCCGCCAAAGCAACUCCUGCAGCAUCCUCGUCAAGUUCUUUCGAGAAGAAGAAAGCUUCUUGUCCUUAAUUACUUUCUCCCCACGAUCUUUCCGUUGUGAACUUAAAUCUAGAUUGGUUGGUUUUCCACAAGUAUAUAGACUUCAGUGUUGUGGGUCAUUCUGAUGGAAUUAUAUGUCUUUCAGAUUAGAUGAAGACAAUAUCGCUUUAUGUUACGCUGCCACCAAAGAGUCCCUGCUUCUCCCUAAAUCCCGCCUCCGGCAACAUUAUUUCCCGUCCAAUCCGAAUUUGUUCUCGAAGACUGAUGCCAUGGGGUUCGGUUUAGAUCCCUCAAACAAUAUAUAGUCACAAGGUUGUAGGGAUUGUCUCUUACAGGGAAAUUUUUAUCGAAGGUGGCUUCAAAUCCCACCCUUCCAUGGUUGAAGUCUACACUUUAGGGGGUUCAUCCUGGAGAGAAGUCAAGAACGCCAUGGAUAGAAUAAAGAUCACUCCUUUACGGUGCACUUCGAUCCAUACUUAUUUCGAUAGAGCAUUCCACUGAUGUGCCACGGAUAACAUCAACAAGCAGGAGGUCAUUUUGUCUUUCGACAUGAGUGAGGGGAGUUUCGGAACAAUCCCGAACGCCAGAGAUUUCCUCUCCCCGGAUCAAAGUACACGAGGCUAUGGAGUGGGAUGGCUUCCUUUCUCUUGUCGUUCAUCCGAUCAUGACCAAAAUGGAGAAGAUGUUUGAAAGUUUUGUGUUGAAUGGUUAUGGAAGUGCCAAGGAGUGUUGCAGUAAGAUGCUGAUUGUUGGGCCAAUUGCAGGGGUUGAAGUCCCUCUGUUGUUUUGGGGAAACGAUGAGAUUCUUUUGGAAAGCAGUGAUGGAGGGAUUCUGGUUUAUGAUCGUAAGACCCGAAAAAGGAAGAAAAUUUUAUUGGGGUGUGAGAAGAAACUUUUAUGGCUGUGACCUAUAUAGGUAGCCUUGCUUCAAUCAAAGCAUGAUAUGGCGAAUUGAUUCAUCCAAAAAGUUUCAAGUUAGAAGAAUUUCUUUUUAUUUUAAUAAAUGUUGAUUUAUCAA